AAUAAGGAUGGGAUUCGAACCUCUGACAUUGCCGCGGAUCGUAGCCGUUGAAUUUGAAUUUCGCGGACGGCUGUGGAUCGAGAUGUGGAAGGGGAGGAAAUUAGGGUUUAAGGAUGAAUAGGCUAGCGGAGUACCAGGCGGAGCUCCACCACAAGACGCAAGGAAUCAUCCACGCCAAGGCCAAGGCCGCGGAGGAUCUGCGAUGGGUCAAGGAAAAUGUGGAGAAGAUGGAGGGAACUCUCUCGGCGUUUCACGGUGCGCGGCGCGAGGUAUCUUUGGAGAGGAAGCGGCAACUGAGGGACGAUCUAGCAGCAAUUGAGAAACGGUAGAGUAAGAUUUCCAAGUUUUUUUCUCGCUCCAGGCCAUGGUUUUUCUGAUUUGUGAAGUUUGUGUAGCAUGUAGCAUGGCAGAGAGGGCGUUGGAAGUGGAAGCCCGACUCAAGGAAGCGGCGGCCACCGUGGUUGGCCUCAAGGACAAAGUUUGCUGCCUCGAGAAGGACUACAAGGCCGCAAAGUCGCAAGCCGGAUCCAAGAGUAACUCGCCGCCACCCUCGACCAGCACCACCACAAACGUCGUCGACAACCACGACAUCAUCAAGGAGCGACUGGAAGUCGCCGAGGCACAGCUCGCGCACGACUCGGACCUCGUCUCCAAGCUCUACCACCGCGUCUGCGUCCUCAACUCCAGCUUGGUGGAGGCCAAGAACAAAGGCGCUCAGCAGCAGCAGCAGGGAUCAUCCGCCGGAGCCAUCACCGCCACCUCUCCAAGGCGGCUCUACGUGAAGCACCACCGCCAUCCAAAGGCCGGCUCUUCCUGCGAUGGCAGCGCCAAGACGAGCCCCCGAGAUGGCGAUCCGAAAGAUGGUGACAAUUUCGCGAGUACCUCGGCCGGGAGCAGUGCCGUGACAAGCCCACGCAGCGAUCAGCUCGCAAACGCGUCGGCGGAGCUGCCGCGGCCGCUAAACGACCAUGAAGUGGACUGGAUCCUCCACGUUUGCGGGAAGAACUUCGAGGACGUCGGGAUCAAGCUCUCGGACGCCAACGAGAAGCUUAUCUCGCAGCUGCGAGACCGGGUGAGAGUUCUCACGGACGAGGCCAAGAAGGACAGGACUCCGAGCCCCGGGAGGAGUCCGGAGGGAACCACGACUCCGCCCCGGUCUGGAGUUAUGUCUCCCGCGGCGGCAGUGUCGCCAUUCCAGCCUUCUCCAGGAGUGAUCAACAUUGGAGAAGCUCCCUCGGUCACGGUCCAGAAGAUGGAGGACUCGCUAACGCAGGUCCAAAAUCGGUGCAAGGCUUUGGCCGCAGAGAUUGAUUACAUGGAGAAGAAGAAGGCCGCGGCUGUAGAUGCGAUCAAGACUCUAGACGCUGCCAUCUCUGAGAAGCUUCCCCUUCUCAAAUCCGCAACUCUGGAUGCGAAGAGGCUGAGAAGAUGUCUCAAGCGUUCCGAGGAGGAAGAAGAGCCCAUCAAGGAGACGAGGCUUGCCAACCUGAUCAAGUUGUUCAAGAAGCCCGAUAAGAACAUAGAAAAGUACUUGAUCAACAGAAGAGGAAACAAGUUUGAUGUGUAAGAAACGCUAUGAAAUGAAAUUUUUUUACAAGUUU